UGUCCCCCACGGCUCGGAAGUUACUGGCCGUAGUUUUUCAGUCGGAUGUGGAAGCAGCGAACGCCCAGAUCAUGUUGUGUGUAGUGGUGUGUGUGUCCCUCUUUGGCCUCGUCCACACUGGACCCACAGAUGUGCCGAGGCCACUGGACGUCCACCGACACUCUCCUGAACCCGUCUUAAGACUGGACCCUGAAGUUCACAUGAACGUUACAGAGAUAAUCCGACACUGGGGUUACACAGCGGAAGAACACGAGGUACUGACAGAGGACGGUUACAUCCUUAAUGUCAACAGGAUCCCACAUGGACUGAAACAAACUCCAGGGCCACGUCCAGCUGUGUUGCUCCAGCACGGCCUCCUAGCCGCCAGCAGUAACUGGAUCACCAACCUUCCAAACUCCAGUCUGGGCUACGUCCUGGCCGACGCUGGCUAUGACGUUUGGCUUGGAAACAGCCGAGGAAACACGUGGUCCAGGAAACACCAGACACUCCAGCCAAACCAGGACGAGUUCUGGAGGUUCAGUCACGAUGAAAUGGCUCUGAAGGACCUUCCUGCCGUCGUGAACUACAUCCUCAAGGUGACGCAGCAGGAACAGAUCUUCUACAUUGGACACUCGCAGGGGACGACCAUAGCAUUCAUGGCUUUUUCUGCGCUGCCUGAACUGGCCAGUAAGAUCCGCCUCUUCUUCGGUUUGGCUCCAGUCGCCACCACUGCCUUCACCAGCAGCCCCAUGACCAAGAUGGCGGUCCUGCCAGAGUCACUCAUCUGGACGCUGUUCGGUCGCCAGGGCUUCCUGCCCCAGAGUGACCUGACCGAGUGGUUGGCGGAGCACGUGUGUGGUAAAGAGCAUCUGAGUGAACUGUGUGGAAACCUCUUCUUCGUCCUCUGUGGCUUCGAUGAGAAAAACCUCAACAUGAGCCGCACCGCGGUCUACACCACACACUGUCCUGCUGGGACGUCAGUCCAGAACAUGGUCCACUGGGCUCAGUCUGUUCACGGAGAGAAACUGAUGGCGUUUGACUUUGGAUUUUCAGGAAACAUGAAACAUUACAACCAGUCCACUCCCCCUGAGUACCAUGUCCAGAACAUGAAGGUUCCUACAGCCUUGUUCUCUGGAGGACAGGACACACUGGCAGACCCCAAAGAUGUGGCGGUCCUCCUCACCCAGGUGUCUCAGCUGGUCUUCCAUCAGCACAUCCAACACUGGGAACAUCUGGACUUCAUCUGGGGCCUGGACGCUGCUGAGCAGAUGUUUCCCUCCAUCCUAAAGCUGAUGCAGCAGUACCACUAGAGGACCACAAUACCACAGCCAGUAGAUGGUGCUGUUUUUGUAGAUAAGGUUGUGAGGAGUUCAAGUGAACCAGAAAAACCUUUGACGCUUCCAUUUUUAAAUUUUUACUGUGAAGGAACGUGACAGGAACAAACAAUACUACAUGUUUAUUAACAUGUUUACAAACAUGUUAAUAAACAUGUGAGUGAUAAUACACACUUGUUACUCUGUGUUUACUCUGCCUAUCAACUUAUUAUACAUUUUUAGAUAUUUUAAACUUUUUAUGAAUUUCAAAAUGCUUCUAAACCUUUUAGCUAACACGUUAGCACCAUUUGAUUACUAGUUUAUUUAAAAUGAAGACUUUAAGGCUUUUUAGCACAUAAUAACAUGUUUAUUGGCAGAUAAGACGUAGAUGAUGAUGUGAUAGAUGUUAUUACAGCCUCUAAACAUGCUAUAACGUGUUAUAACACAAUAAUAUGCUUACGGCACAUAGCAUAGCACAUACAAAAUGUUUACACAGCAUAAUUUAUUAUGCUAAAAAGGGUGUGUAUCGUGUUAUAACAUGUUUAUAAGCAUGUACCGUGAUGUUAUUACAAUCUCCUAACGUACUUUGACAUGUGAUAGACCAAUGUUUAUGAGCACAUAGUAAUAAUACCUCACAUAUAUUUGAACGUGUUUGUUUAAAUGUCAAUAAACAUGUUAUGCAAUAAUAGCCAAUGUUAAUAAUCAUGUAAUAACAUAUUUAAGAUGCUGUAUUAUAACAUUGACAUGUGUUGACAUGAAAAUAACUAAAACGUGGACAGUCUGUCCUUUAGUCAAAGUGUCUUAAUUAAUUAUGCUGCUGAGAUUGUGUGCGGGGCCACAUGACAUUUUCCUGAUCACUUGAAUUGUCUUAACAUGUGAUUUAGUUUCUGUUCAACUGAUUGACUUUUUAACCUGUUUUGAAUUAAAUCCAAGUCCACAACCAUGA